UAAAAAUCUAAAACACAUUUUUUUGGCUGCUUAUUUGGAAGGUGGUUCGCCUACAUUUGCCACCGCCAUCUCAUCGCUCGGCUGCGGUACGUCAUUGGCAGUGAACGGAACGAAGUGUUAUCGUAUAGAUCGCUGGCUGGCUGUCUGAAAAUAGUGAACCGAGUAUGAGUUUUCGAAAUAUGUUCGAAUAAAAAGUGAAUAGUGAGUGACUGUCAUCCAGCAAGAUGGUUGAUGACGUGAAAAAUAUUACCGAAACCGCUGAAAGUAAAGCGACAGCAGAUGCCAUAGACCGAGCGAGACUAGCCCGCGAGCGGCGCGAGGCCGAGCAGCGUAAGCGUCUGGACGAACUGCGCGCGCACGCGGCCGCCGCGCAGGCGCAGCGCGAGAAGCGCGACGAGGAGCGCCGCCGCCGCCAGGCCGAGCAGCGCGCUAAGGAUGACGAUAGGAGAGUCCAGGUGGAAGAAAGAAAACGGGCAAUAUGGGAGGCAUCCAUAUCCAGACGCGAAGCGCUCUUACAGAGAGAGCGCGACCGAACCGAGCGUUUGGAGCGAGCGCGCGCCGCCCGCUCCGCGCCCCGGCCUGCGUUUGCGUUCGGGUCGUCCACCCCCCGCUUGCUCGAGCCGCUAGAUUCGGCGGGAUUCUUCUGGGCUGCGCGCAGUACCAACCCCAUAGAUCAGAUGAACUUUUUUGAGUCGCUGGCGGCAUCAACUACAAACGUGAUGUUCGCGUCUGCGCCACUAACGAGACGCGCCUCUGCACUUCAACUAGACACGUCAGACACCGACAAUAAAGGAUUCAGAAUGUUUGCAAGUUUCUACGAACCCGACCGCCAACCGGCGCCGGUGAUGUGGUCGUCGGUGGCGCGGCGCCGCACCGACCUGGUCCCGACCGCGCCCGCGCCGCGCGUGCCAGGUAGAGCCUACUCCAUGACGCGCCUCGACCGCCUGCCGCGAGCGGAGCCCACGCUGCACCUCAGCAGGACCCGUCCCGCAGGCGACACCUGCGGCGCGAGCGCGGCGACGACGCCGAGCGUGUCGCGCGACGGCAGCGUGGUGAGCGCGCCGCGCCGGCCCGCCUCCACGCCGCGCCGUCCGCGGCCCGCCUCGCUGCACGCGCCCAGCCACGCAGCAUUAUCACUGGCUCCAGGAGAAGGCAAGCCGCCAGUACACAGAAAGCCAAAGCCAUCCAAAGAACACGAUAAAACGCCGCGCGGCAAGUCUGUGUCGGCGUCGCCGGGGCGGACGCUGUCGCCGUCGCCCGCCGCCUCCAAGGAGCCCAGCGUCGACAAAGAAAUCGCCAACAAGAAGGUGGAAGGCUCAGACAAGCCGGUGGACCCGCGGGAGGUGACACAAAAGCUGCAGGCGCUGCAGGUCACCGACGACGCGCCCGCGCCCGCGCCUCUAGCGGAUAAGGUAAACGAAAACAAAGAAACCAUAGAAGAUAAGCAAGAAACGAAGCCCGAACAAAUGUUAACAGAAGACAACCCGGCGGAAGCGCCGAUCGAAACGCCGAAGCCAGCCGAAGCACAGAAGCAAGCCGAAGCACAGAAGCCCGCGGAAGUGCCGAAGCCCGAGGUGAAGGUGGAAGAGAAAAAAGAAAACGCACAGGAGAAGACUGAUGAUUCUGAAAUGACUGCGUCAAUGACCGCGCGACGGAUCACGACAGAGGAGGAAGCCAAAGCCGCGCUCGCCGAGCGCCGGCGCCGCGCCAGGGAGGAGCUGGAGCGCCAGGCCGAGCUCGAGAGGCAACGGUUGCAGCGCGAAGCAGAAGAAGAAGCGGAAAGACAGCGGCAAGAGGAAGAAAGACAACGGCGCGAGGAGGAAGAGGCAAGAGAACUCGCCGCGUUGCAGCGCCGCAUGGAGGAAGAGAAGCUUAGGAAAGCUAUUGAGGCACAACAGCAACUAGAGCGCGAAGAGUCAGAAAGGCGCGCUAAAGAGGAAGCUGAGAGGAAAGCGCGACUCAAAGAGGACGAAGAGAAGAGAAAAGCGGCGGAAGAAGCCGAAAGACUUCGGCGGGAGGAGGCCGAGCGCGAGGAGAAGGAACGCCUCGCGCGCAAACAGCGCGUUGAAGCCAUCAUGGCGCGCACCAGGCUCAAGAAGCAACAAGAAGAAGAGAAGAAGCAGCAGGAGAGCAAAACCGCGCCCGCGCCCGCGCCGCUCGACAACGGGAACGCGGUCGCCACCGGCGACCUGCUCGGCCUGCCCACUAGUCAGUCCGCGGAGGCUCCGCAGGCGGCGGAGCCGGCGCGCAACAACGGCAACGCGCACGCCGACCCGCUGGGGCUGUCCCGACCACACGACACUGAGGACACGAGCCAAGAGGAGUCGGCUAAGCCCGUCCCGGAGGCUAGCAACGGCAACCACCCGGCGCGCGUCUCGGCCGCCUUCAUCCAGUCCGAGCUGAGGGGCGAAGCCCUAACCAAGGCCGAGGACUACGCCGCGCACAACGGACACAACGCGGCGCACCCGCUCACGCUUCAGAACGCCAUCUAACGGCCAGCGGUGGCACUAGCAAGGAUAUUGUCGGCCCAAGGCGUAGAUAUUGGCUGGUUUGUGAAAGGUUAGAUUUGCAGCUGGUUUGUUAAUGAGGGCCAUCGUUUUAGCGGUCACCAGUUUGCGCCACUGUAGAGUAAGGUCCUGUCACUUGCUAGUAGCGAAGACAGUGGCACCAACUGGUGAGCGCUAAAGUGGUAGGACUAUCGCAUUUGCACUCAUCAAGAUGGCGCCACUGUAGAGUAAGGUCCUGUCAAUCGCCAGGGGUGCCAACUGUUAAGUAUAAAAACGAUAGCCCUCAUAAAUAAAGUCUGGCUUGUUCCAUUUUUGAGUUGCAGUCAGGUUUUGUUUAGACACUGGCUGGUUUGAUAUUUUAAAAAAUAAAAGUGGCUUGUUCCAUUUUUGAGUUGCGGUCAGGUUUUGAUCAAAAGCACUGGCUGGUUUGAUAUCUAAUAAAAAUAAAAGUCUGGCUUGUUCCAUUUUUGAGUUGCGGUCAGGUUUUGUUCAGACACUGGCUGGUUGGAUAUUUAAAAAAAGUGUGGCUUGUUCCAUUUUUGAGUUGCGGUCAGGUUUUGGUCAAAAGCACUGGCUGGUUCGAUAUUUAAAAAUAAAAGUCUGGCUUGUUCCAUUUUUGAGUUGCGGUCAGGUUUGUUCAGAAGCACUGGCUGGUUGAUUGAUGAAGAUAUUUAAAAACAAUAGCGUUAACUUUUUUUUAAAUAAGUGACCGAGGCGUAGAUGUUGGAAAGACAGAGGUGUUUAAAAUUGUCUGAUCGUAACCUUUAUUUUAUUUUCCACGGAGUGAGUUCAAGGCUUAAUAUUGGACUGGUCAGGUAGCAGCAGUUUUAUUUAAAACUUAAUUAAAUAGUAUUCCUAUCAUAUUAAAUCACUACUAUAGUUGAUGAUAAAUAAAUACGUAAUAAUUUCAUAUAAGGAAUUUACUUGGCAUGAACCAGUGAACUUGAAUAAACCGAAUAAUGACUAGCUAACAAUUGAGCUAAUACUAAAUUAUGUAUGAAAUUACACUCGAGUAAUUGAAGACUAUAAUAGGCUUCAAGUUAUUCUUGAGUGAAUCAUGAAUCAUAUUCGAGUGUCGAUAAUAUUGGCCUAAGUUUCUGUCAACGACUGAGCUACCUGACCAGACGAAUAUCGUAAUCUGUGUUCUGAUUUUUAUCUUAUUUUGGUGCUGCACAAGUGUUUUACUUUCAAUAAAAAGUGACUUUAUAGUUAAUGUUAGUUGGGUUAGCGGAUUGCCAGUUAUAGUUAUAGAUAUUUAUACGGUUUGAAUAGGAUCAAAGAGUAGGUAGUGCGAAAAAAAUGGCGACGGUUGCACACGCUCGGAUUUAAUGGUUUAAAAUUAGUACAAAAUAAUCUGGGGCAAUAGUGACUCUUUUUAGAACAAACGUCGCUGUAUUGAAAUUAUUAGAAAAGGAUAAAAGAAUGUUGGAUGAAGAGUUUAUGAAGGUGCUAACGAAGUGAAGGAACGAUUCAAUAAAAUAUUUAAAUCAAAGAAAUGAUAAAAUAAAGAGAAAGGUAUGGUAUUUUAUGCCAGAAGGUUUGAAAACAGCCAAUAUGUACGCGUUGUUGGUGAAUGACGCUCUUAUUAAAUAGAUGAAGCAUUGACUGAGCUAAAAUGAACGGAUUUCAUUAAAAAAACUCAGUGGGAAAUAAUUUCCCACUUGUUACAUAAACUGAAGGCUUUUAAAGAAAUUCAGUUUUAGCGAUGUCAAUGCGUAUGAUAUUGAACGGGAAAUGUCGGAAGAACUAAAUUAUAAUAAUUAUUAUAAUUAAUAAUGCAUUUAUAUUGCAACUCCUUGAUUCAACUAAGAUUGAGAUGUAGCUUCUUACCUUGCGUAUAGGCGAAUAACCGAACGUCAUCGCUUCCAAGUCAUUUACAAAUAAAUAAUAUUUUCAUACAGUUAACAUCGCGUUAGCCGGGAGUGUAUCAUUAGGAUCAGGGGAUAUAACAUUAAUGAGUCGUUUCAUUAAAAAGUAUCAUUAAUUCGCGUUUGAUGUUAUCACGAUAGGUUGUGUAUAAUAUACCGUGUAGCAGCGGUUUGUAUUAAAUUCGUGUAAAUUAUAAGUUUCUAUUUAUUGUGAUGUUUUUUUAAUCCAUGCCGGUAGAAAUCAAUUGCUUUCCUCGUCGUACUGUGGGAGGGAGAGGAAGGCGUGUGAGAGCGGGAUAGAAUAUGUAAUGAAUUGCGUCCGAUUUUUCGUGCGUUGGAAAAUGCACCUUACGGCUCAGCUUGAAUACUGAUUCGCUUGGACUAUGCUGUAGCAACGAAGACAAUUCGAAAGCAAAAGAACGUGUACAAUGUAUUCUGAAGUUUAUAAACGGUUACCAAAUCAGUUUGUCGAAUUUUAAAGUUUGUUUAAUAAGAUGUUUCCAUCGCAAAUGUAUUUUCAUAACCGUGUAUAAACUUGUUUGCGAGAUGCCUAAUAAAUGGGAGCUCUGAAUGAUUUGUUACAUAAUGUUGUUUGGAAAUAGUCUUUAGAUUUACGUCAAUUUGAACAGCUUGAUCCUGGGUCGGCUGAUCUACCUUAAAAAGCAAUAUUUGCAAUAUUGAUUUACGUUUUCAAAACAUAUCACUCAGAAUGCUUGUUCAAAAUAUACAGAUCAAUCUCCCCUCCUACAUUUUUUUACAAUACCUUAAUUUUUUUCUUUACUAUAGCUCAAUCAACUUGUGAAAUAUACAGAUGCCAUGAGCGUAAAUAAAUAUUGUAAUGAUUACUUGGUCGCUCUCACAAACGCACUACUUGUGAUGAAAGUUAAUGUAUCACCAAUAUAAAAAUAUAAGAGCUUUUUGAAACUAUCUUCUAUUUUAUUAAAAUCAAUAGAACGAUUCAAACUUUACAGAUGAUAAUAUGAAUGUCAUAUUAGUACAAAAAAUCAAACAAACAAAUGAUGAUGAUAAACUUCCUAAAAAUCUAUGAAAUAGUUAAAAUAACAGAUAGUUUGAAAAGGCCAAGUUGUGUUAAGCAAGCCAAGAUAUCCUAAAAUGGAAUCCAAUAAAUAAUAAUAUCAAUAAGUUAUUUAACAAUCACUUUAUACGACAAUUGUAUGAUAAGUAGUUAGCGUUACAAAAUAAUAAUUAUUAAUAACAAUUUAUUCUUAUAUUUCCAUUAAUUCAUGCAGUUUUUUGUCAUUUAAUUUUUGUUUUCCACUAAUAUUUUUUUGCUAGUUUUAGGUUCUUAUUAUUAUGCGUUGUAAUGCUCAUUCAAUAUCGUGGUCAAAUAAACUUUUUUGGUAAAAUAUAAUACAUAAAUAACCUUAAUAUAUUUACUGUUCUGCUGCUUCCAAUAAAAUACAUCACUUAGUUACUCUGCGUUUCAAAAAGUGGUAUUACUGAAUGAUAUAAUGUGAACAAAAAAGUAUAUUUGUCCAUCAAAGGUCCUCUUAUAUGUACGACUUUAUAUUUCAAACUAAAGUUUGCUCUAAUACUUAUGUAAAAUACUAUUAUUGUGUUUCUGCAAUACACAAUUUAGAACCUGCUGAAUAAAGUCGUUUUCAGUUAAAUUUAUAUUAGAACUUGUUCGGCAACUAUAGAACUGAGGCCUUAUUCACAUAUUUUGCCAAUAGGAAAUAGGUGAAUAUUUGUAAUUGAUCUGCGAUACGCGUAGGUAGAUAAACAAUUGUAUCAAGCUAUUUCAUAGCCUUAUAAGUCUUUGUUAAAUAUUUUUACCCGUCGUGGGCUCCGUUUGACUUACCUGAGAUAUUGUGAGGGCGUGGCCAAAAAAGAUAAAUUAUAAAAAGUACAUGAGAAGUCUCUUUUGAAGUGUUUAAAUCAAUGAUGUCUCAUGACGUCAUAAUAUUUACAGAAUAUUUGUCUGUCUGACAGCUCAUAGGUUGACUUACUGACCAAAUAUGACUAACAUUCCUAUGUGGUAUAAAUUUGCCUCCUACCCUACACAUUUAUCUCAGGAAUUGUCCCAAACGGCAGUUAUUAGCUUUUGCAUAAUCUGUGGCUGGAACGAGUAAUGAAUUUAUUGUUAAUUUUACAAAAACAGACAGUAAAGUGGACAAUUUAUUUGAUAUGAUAUGACUGAUCGUUCAUUUUUACAUGUAUAGCUUGUUUUUAUUACUUGUUUCAGAAUGUACUUGCACAGGCUUAAUCUUUUACAUUAUUAGGUAGAAUAUCGGAAUAUUCACUCUCUCUUUGACUAAAUGAAAAAGAUUAAAUUCCUUUUUUUCGCUACAGUUAACGGCGGAAGAUAUAAAAAAUGUUCACCAAAAAAUCAAGUUGCAAAGUUUCAGAGAUAGUGAAAAAUCGAUGCCAUUAUCAUUAUACAUAAAUAAACCAUAUCUUGUACUAUGUAGUCCUCAAUAAAAUAAAUCAGCUUUGUUACUUGCACUUUUAUGUAAAUAUUUAUUUUAAUUUACCUUUUUCGUCAUUGGGCAUUGCAAAUUAUUGAGAACAAAAUACAGUUCGUAAUUUUGUGUAUUUCAACUUUCAUGUUGAAAUUAUUCGGAAUGCCUAGAAGUAAAGGUGAAUGAACAAUAUAAUUUUGUAUAGUGUUAUAACUGAGAUAUAUUAUACCAAGAUACUUGGGUCGCUUACUGAGCAUUAGUAUACUAUUUUUCUUUUGCUAAACCAUAUACUUUCAAACGAUAUAAUCAUGUACUUUGAUUAUUUUUUGCGAAUUUUGUAUGGUUGAUUGUAUGAAUAAUUUGCACGAGUGUGAUGGGCCACCUUUAUAAACUGUUGUUUUCGUAGAAUGACUCCCUAUUACAUACUAUAUUAAUAAAACUAUGAUAGCCAUAAUGUAUCAAUAAACUGUUAAAAUAAUCUAUUAAAAAUAUCCAUGCUUAAUAUUUACUCGACAGAGAUCAUGCUACGAAAAUCACAAUAAUAAUUAUUAUUGGUGUAUAAUUGUAUCGUUAACAUAGCUUGUUGCAAUAUUAUUAGCAAUUAUUAUAAAGGCGUUGUAGAUACAUUUUAUAAAUUGACACGAAUAACGGAACCCCAAUAUUCAAAAUGGCGGCCUGUCACUUCGCGUGUGUGCGUGGGCGCGGACGAAGGUUGUUAGCUGUCACUAUAAACAUGUAUGUAAUGUAUUUAUGUAUAUCACUUCAAGACAUGGCUUCUAUGUACGUUCUAUCUAUUCUAUUAUUAUGUUAGCAAUCGAUGGAUUUAUAAGGAAAAAGUUUUAAUAAAAAAUAUGAAAUUUA